GAAUUCAACGGACAAUUUUUAAGAAUACAUACCGGCUUUUCAAAGCUCUGUAUACAUUGUAUCUUUUUUAAUCUUUCAUAAUAAUACAUAAGUAAACACACUUGUAAUAAUUCAGAUUAUUGACAAGAUCAAGUAAACAUCUUUCAGUAUACGAAACAUUUAUGUACUAAUAUACUGAUCUAUUGAAGUCAAUUUAAAAUAUAUAGCGAAGACUGUGAAGGUUAACUACCGCAAGAAAACAGAAUGUUGCAGACAAACAAGAAAGGAUAUAAAGAAUUAUUGAUGCAGAGGAUGUUCCUAGCGAUAAUCUCCACUAUAGUAAUACAAUUUUGUCUUAUGUCAACGUUACUUCUAAUUACAAAUCUGAACACGAAUUACGAAUCAUGGUUACAAAGUACUUGGACAGCGAUAACCUCGUUUCGCAUGUGGAGUUUCUUUUGUAUUCUUGCUACCGUCACGUUUUUCCAAGGAAUUAUUUGUUGCAAAAGCUUCUCAAAUACUCCACCCUACAUGAAAAGCAGAUUUGCAAAGUUUUGUGGAACGCUCACAUCGCAGAACAUCUUACUAUGUACCCUGCAUGUUAUUAACGGUGGUCUUCUUGUUUGGCUACAUUUGUUAGUCAAAGAAGGCACAUACAGCUUUCUAACAACAGAAUGCAAAAUAGUGUACGGGACUUGUUUAAUAGAAAAACAAUACAUUUUGUUUCUGAGUGGAUUUUGGAGUGGACUAUACUUUUUCUUAAAAACUAGUAUUUUUCGCGUAAAUUAUUUGAAGUUCCCUAUUAUAUCUUUAUCAAAGAUGUUCCAAUUCAAGACUAAAAUGUAUUCGAUACUGCCGUCGGUGAUGGUAAAAUGUAUAUGGCCAGUUUUAUAUUAUUUAGUUAUCUAUUAUUUUUUGGGUUCUUAUUGUCGUUCUAUAAUAUUGUUUCUAACUUCUGCACAACUGGAAAAUGAAUCAUUAAGCAGUAUUCCUAAUUUACUGAGCCUAUCAUUGAUGUUCCAAUUGUGGUUGUACCAUUUGACUUAUGUGCUGACAAUCGAAACCAUGUACUUGCUUUUUAACUUGUACUUAACAGAGUGGGUUCCCUUCGACUUGAGACAAAGUCAUUCAUUUAGCAAUGAUGACUCUGGGAUAUCGCUUCCCGAAGCAUUAUCUAUGGUUAAGAUACCCAUAAUGCAACAGUUGGGCUAUUUGGAUUUAGUUACUAUGGCACAGAAGGAGAAGUCAAGAAGAGAUGUACUCUUUACACUGAGUCAACCUGGCGGUCAUCCCUACAAUUGGAAUUGCAUCGUAGAAAAGUGUAUCAGUCUUAUCAAAAAAUUUUCGAACGAUGUAAACUUAGCAUGCACUAGAACUCAAGAACCAUUGACAACUCCAAUUUCAACCACAAUAACAAAAAGCACAGCAGUUCAAACGGAAUAUGUAUACCGUAUGCGUAAUUUAGUAACAGUGGAACCACCGGUAUCUGCUCAGCAAGAUGAAAUAAAACAAUAUGUUGAGAAUGAAUUAUUCAUUCAAAAAUUUAUAAAAACGAAAUGGAACAAUUUUCUUACAUAUUUAUUAUCUAAGCCCUUAAUUGCUUACAUUUUUGGAGAAAUUGAAGGUGGCCAAGUAUGCUACAUUUUAUUUAAUGGACAAUCAAUUAUUUGGGCUGCUGAAGCCAUUUCCUCUUUAGCUGUGUUAUCAUUGAACGAAGACUCGUAUGGAAUUGUACAAAAGGAUUUACCACUUAUAAUUAACACGUUACUUGGCUUGAAGCAAACACUUGAUAAAUUGCAAAAGUCGAAUAUUAUGACGAAGAAACAAGAAGAGGACGAUAAAUUUAUUAAACAGAUCUUCCAAUCUUUAUGUGCCACUGCAAAACGAAGUAUCUACAGAAUUGUCAUAAAUUUUGAAGCUUACAUUGAAGACUUGGCACUGGAGCCAGCAGCCAUUGAGCAUUUAAAUCAUUUUCUUCUAUGCAGAGAAUAGAUCUCGUAGUUUAAUAAUUGUAAACCCUAAUGUACAUAUUGUCGUACUAUAAAAUAGUUAAAAAAAAUCUAGGAUACCAUUCAAGAGAGUCGAAUCACAUUACAAAAACUUUAAAACUAUUUUUGUAAUUGUUAUAUUUAUAUACAUAAGUUAUAUUUGUCAUCGCAGUCUGUUUUACUCGUGCAUUUAUCAUCACUGAAUAGAAUGUCUGAACCUUCAUAAGAAUGAAAUUAUAAGUUUGUAUCGAAGAAUGUAUGUGUGAUAACUCAACUAAACUUGUUAUUUGUAAAAUGUUGCAAUAAAUCGAAUAUUUUUCAAACAAUGAAAA